GUCAACUGGGGUCCGUAUCAUUCGGAACUCAUCAUCUCGAGGACCCUUCGAAGUAUACUUCAAUAUUUGAAGCUUUACAAAUGUGCGGAAGCAAACGCGCCGUUAUCAGAUUGUGUGUGAACAGCGACAUCUGCUGCUGACGAGACGAUAAACGUCAUCGACUCAUGUUAAACACGAAAUAAUUUAUAUUCAUAUAAUCAUCAACGUCAUCAUCAACGUCAUCAUCAUCAGCGGAACGACUCAAACAUGAUCAGCAGCAUGGAGUCCAGCGCAGCUCCAGCGCAGAGCAAAACCACAACUAAACCCUACAAGAGAGGCAGUUUACAGAGCAGCACCAGACCUGAUUUGUCUGGUUCUUCAGAUCACAGGUCGUUGAUGUCUCAGCGUUCUCUGCCGGGCACACCUGUCACUCUCACACAUCUGCCUGUGGAUCUGAGAACAUCAAUGGACGGAAAAUACAAGGAGAUCGCUGAGGAGUUGUUGGUGAGGAGUCUGACAGACAGUGAUAUGCGUUGUGCUCCGUAUGAGUUUCCUGAAGAAAGUCCAAUAGAACAGCUGGAGGAGAGACGACAUCGUCUGGAGAGACAGAUCAGUCAGGACGUCAAGCUUGAGCCUGAGAUUCUGCUGAGAGCCAAACAAGACUUCAUGAAAAUAGACAGCGCUGCUGACCUGGAGUUACUGAAGGACAGUCAUGAGGAUUGUGUGGAUCAGCUUAACGUGGAGCGAGAGACAGUUAUGGAGAGACAGUUUCAGCGCGUGUCAAUCUCAGGAGAGGAGAAGUGUGGGGUGCCGUUCACAGAUCUGGUGGACGCAGCGAAGUGUGUUGUGAAAGCUUUAUCCAUCAGAGAGAAGUACAUGAGUGUGUCCAUGCAGAGCUUCUGUAAGACCACCGCUAGAUCACUGCAGGAGAUCAACAACACAACACCAGACGUCCACUUCUGUCACGACACACAUCACAGCCCGCUGGACUCAGUUCACCCGCCCGUGUCAGACACUCACCCGUAUGACGGACAGGACAUGAAGAAUCUGCCGUCUGAUGAGGGCUACAGCUGCAGGAUGAUUGAUGGAGUCAUACAUGUGUACACUGAACACAACACCACUGACAAGAGCACAGAGUUAGAUCUUCUGUAUCCUGAUCUGAAUGAAUACAUCGCUGAUAUGAACGUCAUGAUGGCUCUGAUCAUCAACGGCCCCGUGAAGUCGUUCUGUUACCGUCGGCUGCAGUAUUUGAGCUCAAAGUUUCAGAUGCACGUUCUUCUGAAUGAGAUGAAGGAACUGGCGGCGCAGAAGAAAGUCCCACACCGAGAUUUCUACAACAUGCGCAAAGUGGACACUCACAUCCACGCCUCCUCCUGCAUGAACCAGAAGCAUCUGUUGAGGUUCAUCAAGCGAGCGAUGAAGAAAUAUCCUGAUGAGAUCGUGCACAUGGAGGCCGGCGGAGGUCAGACGCUCAUGGAGGUGUUCCAGAACAUGAACCUGACGGCCUAUGACCUCAGCGUGGACACGCUAGACAUGCACGCGGACAGAAACACUUUCCAUCGCUUCGACAAGUUCAACUCCAAGUACAACCCCAUCGGAGAAUCCAUCCUGCGCGAGAUCUUCAUCAAGACCGACAAUCACAUCCACGGGAAAUACUUCGCUCAUAUCGUCAGGGAAGUGAUGUCAGACCUGGAGGAGAGCAAAUAUCAGAACGCUGAGCUGCGUCUGUCUGUGUACGGCCGGUCCAGAGACGAGUGGGACAAACUGGCUCAGUGGGCCGUCUCACACUCUGUGUACUCACACAACGUCCGCUGGCUCGUCCAGAUACCACGACUCUUUGAUGUUUAUCGCACAAAGAAGCAACUGGCAAACUUCCAGCAGAUGUUGGAGAACAUCUUCAUGCCUCUGUUUGAGGUGACAAUCAACCCCAACAGCCACCCACAACUACACCUGUUCUUACAACACGUUGUGGGUUUUGACAGUGUUGAUGACGAGUCUAAACCGGAGCAUCACAUCUUUAAUCUGGACAGUCCGUCUCCUGCUCGCUGGUGUGAAGUUGAUAAUCCACCUUAUUCAUAUUAUCUGUACUACAUGUACGCUAACAUCACCGUCCUCAACCACCUGCGCAGGAGGCGGGGCUUCCACACCUUCGUGCUGCGACCUCACUGCGGGGAGGCGGGGCCUAUUCAUCAUCUGGUGUCUGGAUUCAUGCUGUCAGAAAACAUCUCGCAUGGACUGCUGCUCAGAAAGGCUCCAGUGCUGCAGUAUCUGUACUAUCUGGCUCAGGUGGGCAUCGCCAUGUCUCCUCUGAGUAACAACAGUUUGUUUUUGAGUUAUCACCGCAACCCUCUGCCUGAGUAUCUGUCCCGCGGGCUCAUGGUGUCUCUGUCCACUGACGACCCGCUGCAGUUUCACUUCACUAAGGAGCCUCUGAUGGAGGAAUACAGCAUCGCCGCUCAGGUGUGGAAACUGAGUUCAUGUGACAUGUGUGAAUUGGCCAGAAACAGUGUGUUGAUGAGCGGAUUCUCACACAGGGCUAAGAGUUAUUGGUUGGGUUCUGACUAUGAUAAAGAGGGUCCAGUGAGCAACGACAUCCGGCGCUCAAACGUCCCAGACAUCCGUGUGGCGUACAGACACGAGACUCUGUGUGAGGAGCUUCAUCUGAUCACACAAGCCGUCCGCACACAAGAGCUCCACAACAUCCUGGAGGAGGAGCUGUCCUUCACUCCUGUCCAAUCAGCACCCUAGACUGCACGUGACCCCUCCCAUCCCUCGCCGGUCCAAUCAGCAUGCUAGAUGACUGAAUCAACAUUCCAACAUUUCCUCUCUUUAAAUGAACACGUGUGCAUGUUUAGAGAUGUUUAAGCUGUGUGUAGAGAUACAAUAUAUAUACAUGUGUGUGUCAUUACUCGUGUGCGUUAACGUUUCAUCUGUCAUCGCUCUUAUGUUUAAACAAUGGUUUUAGAGAAAACCUUUUAUUUGUUUUUUAAUUCACUUUAGCUUUGAAUCACUUAGCAUCGUGUCAACUGACUGUCAUUGUAGAUUGUUAGAUGUAGUAGAAUUUUUAGUUGUUUUUAAAGUUUAUUUUUCACAUUUCUGAGUGAUUUCUGCACUAUAGAUCUCUAUUGAAGCCCAUUAUUUUUUGAAGUUAUAAUUAUGACAAGUAUCACAUAAUAAUGACUUUUAAAUCUUAAAAAAACCCAACCCUGGCACAAACGGGCUUCCAUAGAUCUCAAACUCAUUGAUAUAUAUUUUUCUAUGACAUCUAAUGUGAAACCCCGAUCUUUACAGCACUUUCCUCCAAUGAAAAGUUCACUUUACUGACGAGAAGUUUUUUGUUUUUUUCAUGCACUAGUUAUUAUGUUUGACCAGACUUUUAUUUUGUAUUUUGUUUUUAUUUUCCGAUGUGUGCUUUAACGUGACUGUUAAUCACUCCAAACUGUGAAUUGAACUCCGCCGAAAAAUGAACAUUUACUUGUUGGACAAGCCUGGGAUCCACGUUCUGUUUUCAGCGUAGUUUCACUUUAAAGUUUUCUCUAAUGUAUGACGAUAAUAAUGAAGAAAGAUCAAAUGUGCUAUUGACAGCAUGAUUUAUUAAAACUAGACCGCAGACCAAAGCAUGACACACAU